UUAAAGCGCCAAGUUUGCCCUUCAUCAACAGAAACCCUCUUGUACUACCACAUGAAUAACAGCCAAUGCAUCCGUGUUCGUUGGCGGCUCCGCCGUUUACAUCGCCGGCGAUCCUCCGAUCAUCAUCCUCCAUCGAAAACAUUUAUCUCCGCAUUUAUUUGGUCGGAUCACGCAACCCUCAAUACUGCAGCCCCUUCUCUAUCGGGGAUGCCGUCACUAGAUUGUUCUGGUCCUGAAUGCUUUGAUUUGAAGACCAGGGCAUUGGAUUCCCUGCAAAGGACAGGAAAUGUGAACAAAGGAUCUUUUGGCGACCGGAAGAAGGGAACAAUCAAUCCAAAGCUCCAGGUGGCGAAUUUCAAUAGCUCAUGAAAAAAUGGAGAAAAAGGCUUUUGAAGGAGGGGGAGAGAAAAGAGAGAGAGAGAGAGCGGAAGUUGGCAUGGAGGUGAGUACAUGAUUCUAGUACCUUAUUUUUAUUUUUUUACUUUUAGGG